AUGGCUUUUCACUCUCCCUCCCUCCCUCCCUCCCUCCCCCACUCUCUCUCUCUUUCUUUCUUCUAUGUUAAUUGUUUCAUUUCUGUUUUUUCCAUCUUUUUCAAUCUCCCCUCUUUCUCUCUCUCUCUCUCCCUCUCCUAUUUUAAUUUUUUAGCUUCUGACUUUUCUCAUCGUUUGCCUACAAUUAUUUCCCUCUUUCUCUUCCUCUUGCAUUGUUGUUUCAUUUUCCUCUCUAGCCCUCGCUCAGCGUGUUCUUUGCAUAAUUUCCGCCUCCGAUUUUCUCUUUUCUUUCGCUUUUUCCAAUUCUCUUUCUUUCAACUUCUCCUUCAGUUUCGUUUUCCUUCAAUUUAUUUCUUCUUUUUGCUUGCCAUACCUUUUAUAAUUAUUUUCUUAGCCGCCAUUUCUUUCCUAUUUUCUUCAUUUUUUUCUUUCAUUCUUUUUCGCGUUUUUUCUUCUCUAUCUUUCUUUCUUUCUCCUUUUUGCUUUCUGUUACCAUCAUUUUUUCAUUUUUUUCUUUAUUCUUUUGAGAUUAUUGCUUUAAUUUUUUCGUCUUUUUUUGCUUUCUUUAUUUCUGUCUUUCUUUCUUUCUGCUUUUCUUUUGAAAUUCUGUCUUUUAUUCUUUAUCUGUUUUUGCUUUCUGUUUCAUUCCUUUCUUCAUUUUUUCUUUUCUUUUAUGUGACUAUUGCUUCACUUUUUCUUUUUGUUCAAGCAUCUUUCUUCCUUUCACAUUUUGUCUUUCUUUCUUUUUCUUUCAUUCUUUUAAGCGUUUUUCUUCUUUCUUUCUUUCUUUCUUUCUUUCUUUCUUCUUUUUACUUUCUGUUGCAUUCCUUUCUUUUCUGUUUUUCUUUUUUAUUAUUGCUUUACUUUACCCUUUUUAGUUUUUCCUUCUUUCUUUCUUUCUUUCUUUCUUUCUUUUCUUUUGCAAUUCUCUCUUCUUUUCAUUUUUUCUUUCUUUUUUCGUUUAAGUCUUUCAUUCUUUCUUCUAAUUUACACGUCCUUCUUUCCUUCUUUAAUUAUUUAUUUUUUGAUUAUUUAUUGCCUUCUUUCCUAUCAUUUUUUUAUUUUCUUUCAAUAGCAUCAUUCAUUCUUUCUUUCGUUCUUUCUAUAUUUUUACUGUUUUUCUUUCUCUUCAGAAACCAGCUUCUUUUAUUAAAUUGUUUUGCUUCUUCCUCUCAUUUCCUUUUCUUCUGCUUUUUAUUAGUCGUUACAUUUUUUUACUUAUCUUAA